CGGCGCGGGGCGCGGAGUCGCGGCGCCAUGGAGACGGCGCUGCCGCUGCCGCCGCUGCCGCUGCCGCUGCUGCUGCCGCUGCUGCUGCCGCUGCUGCCCCGCGCCGCCGCCGAGCAGGUUGUCCUGCUGGACUCAAAGGAAUCGCAGGCGGAGCUGGGCUGGACCUCGCACCCCUCGAACGGGUGGGAAGAGAUCAGCGGCGUGGAUGAAACCUACAGGCCGAUACGCACGUACCAGGUCUGCAACGUCAUGGAGCCCAACCAGAACAACUGGCUGCAGACGGGCUGGAUCGCCAGGCGCGACGGCCAGAGGAUCUUCAUUGAGCUGAAGUUCACCCUGCGGGACUGCAACAGCAUCCCCGGCGUGACGAGCAGCUGCAAGGAGACUUUCAACCUGUACUACGUGGAGUCUGACGCCGACCUGGGCCGCAGCGUCCGUGAGGGCAAGCACACCAAGAUCGACACCAUCGCUGCCGACGAGAGCUUCACGCAGGGAGACCUGGGCGAGCGCAAGAUGAAGCUCAACACUGAGCUCAGGGAGAUUGGGCACCUGAGCAAGAGAGGCUUCCACCUGGGCUUCCAGGACGUGGGCGCCUGCGUGGCGCUGGUCUCCGUGCGGGUUUAUUACAAGAAGUGUCUGAGCACCGUGCAGAACUUGGCCACGUUCCCGGACACGGUGGCAGAGACGGCCUUUGUGACGCUGGUGGAGGUUAAGGGCACUUGUGUUGCCCAUGCUGAGGUGGACGUGGAUAACCCCCCUCGGAUGCACUGCAGCGCAGAGGGAGAGUGGCUGGUGCCCGUAGGGAAAUGCAUGUGCAGCCCUGGCUUUGAGGAGAAGGACGGGGCAUGCAGAGCUUGCCUUCCAGGGUUUUACAAGCCCUCCCUCCGUCUCCCUCUCUGUUCUCCAUGCCCUGAGCACAGCUUCACACAUGAGGAAGCCUCCACGUUCUGUUUGUGCCAGACAAAUUACUCCAGGUCUCCUUCAGACCCACCAUCUGCCUCCUGCACACGCCCACCCUCUGCCCCGAGGAACCUGGUGUACAGCCUGCGCCAGUCCUCCCUGGUGCUGGAGUGGAGCGCCCCGGCCGACGCGGGCGGCCGCAGCGACCUCACCUACAGCCUGUGGUGUGGCCGGUGCCCCGCGGCGCCAGCGGGGCGCUGCCAGCAGUGCGGCAGCAGCGUGGGCUUCGUGCCGCAGCAGACGGGGCUGGUGGGCCGCACGGUCACCCUGGUGAACCUGCUGCCUCACGCCAACUACACCAUCCGCGUGCUGGCCCUCAACGGCGUCUCGGCCGUCAGCCCGCUGGCCGGCCAGCAGUACGCCGAGGUCAACGUGUCCACGGGCCCUGCAGUGCCAACUCCUGUCACCGACAUCCGCACAGACAAAGUGGAGCAGAAGAGUGUCUCCCUGUCCUGGCAGGAGCCAGGCUUCCUGGCUGCCAAUGGCACCGAGUACGAGGUCAAGUACUUUGAGAAGGAUCAGAGAGAUCAAAGUUACUCAACUGUGAAAACCACAUCAACAGCUGUGACAGUCAAUAACCUGAAGCCUGGAACCCUCUACAUUUUCCAAAUCAGAACAUCUUCCUCUCCAGACUACGGGAACUUCAACCCUGGCAUUGAAGUGGAGACAUUGGCAGAGUUGACAGUGGCCUCCAGUGAGCAGAGCCCCGUGCUCAUCAUCGCCGUGGUGGCCAUCGUGGGGCUGACGGUGCUGCUGUCCCUGGGGGUCGGUGUGAUGGUCUGGAGGAGGCAGUGUGGGUACAGCAAAGCCAGCCAGGAUGGGGACGAGGAGCUGUACUUCCACUUUAAAAUACCAACCAGGAGGACAUACAUUGACCCCAGCACCUGCGAAGACCCCAUGCAGGCUGUGCACCUCUUUGCCAAGGAACUGGACAGUGCCAGCAUCAAAAUUGAGAGGAUUAUCAGGACAGGAGAGUUUGGGGAGACGUGCCGGGGGUGCCUGAAGCUGCCCAGCAAGCGCGAGCUGCCGGUGGCCGUGCGGACGCUGCGGGCCGGCUGCUCCGAGAAGCAGCAGCGCUCCUUCCUGGCCCAGGCCUGCACCAUGGGCCAGUUUGACCACUCCAACGUCAUCCGCCUCGAGGGGGUCAUCACCAGAGGGAGCACCAUGAUGAUAGUGAUGGAGUACAUGGGGAACGGCCUGCUGGACUCCUUCCUCAGAAAACAUGAGGGGCAGCUGACAGGCACGCAGCUCGUCUGCAUGCUGCAGGGCAUCGCCUCUGGCAUGGCGUACUUGGCAGAGAUGGGCUACGUGCACAAAAGCCUUGCUGCCCACAAGGUCCUGGUGAGCAGCAGCCUGGCAUGCAAGAUCACAGGGUUCAGACAGCCACAGGAAGACAAGAUGGAAACCAUCUUCUCCACCAUGCGUGGGAAGAGCCUGGUGCUGUGGUCAGCCCCUGAAGCCGUCCAGUAUCACCACUUCAGUCCUGCCAGCGACGUGUGGAGCUUCGGGAUCGUCAUGUGGGAAGUGAUGUCCUACGGAGAGAGACCCUACUGGGACAUGUCCCACCAGGAUGUGAUGAAGGCUGUGGAGGAUGGGUUCCGCCUGCCUGCCCCAGCCAACUGCCAGCCUCCCCUCCACCAGCUGAUGCUCAACUGCUGGCAGAAGGACCGCAGCCAGAGGCCCAAGUUCUCGCAGAUCCACAAUGCCUUGAGCAAGUUGGUGCAGAGCCUGGAGCCCCCAAAGUGCCCCAGCUCCACGUGUCCCAACUCUACGUGCCCCAGGUCCCAUGGCACGUCCAUCCCCCUCUCCAAGAGAACCUUCUCAGCCUUCCCAUCCUUCAGCUCCGUGGGGGAGUGGCUGGAAGCUAUAGAAAUGGGCAGAUACAAGGACAACUUCACUGCUGCAGGCUACUGCUACCUGGAGUCGGUGGCCAGGAUGACAGCCCAAGACAUCCUCAGCCUGGGCAUCACGCUGGCAGAGCACCAGAAGACCAUCCUGAGUGGGAUCCAGAGCCUGCGGGCCCAGGUGAUCCGGAUGCACGGCCGAGGCGUGCAGGUGUGACGCCGUGUCUGCAGAGGAGCUCCUGGGCAGGAGAGGCCUGCUGGCCCCAGGCAGCCCCACCUCUGAAACCUGGGGGUCUCAGGUGGGCUGUGGGAGCCUCUGGGUGCUGCCCACACGUGGCAAGAGAGCAGGGGCAGCCCAGGAUUGCUGGGGCUGUGCUGCGAGCCUGGGUGCACGUGGCUCUCCCCAGCACAGUUCUGUAAGAUGAGUCAAAGUGUGUUGAUGCCAUUUCAUGUGGUAGUUGAGUUCACAGGGUGGGAUGGACCUUUUUGCACUGUCUUAAUCCAGAGCCAACACUUCUGUAUCUAGUAUCCUGCUGGUGAAUCCAUGGGGGCUUUUAUACAACCUGACAGAUCACAGCAACCCCACAAGGAGUUUUUAUUGCUUUUAUAUUUAGAGAGCAGCUCUCACCCAAUGCCCAACUCCUGGAAGGUGACUUUCCCCAUCUGUGCUGAAGGAAACUCUUUCCCAGUUGCAUCCCUUCUGCUCUAUGAGCUACUUCACUGAGUUUUGACACCUCAGUUGGUGAACAAAACCAAAUAUUCUCCAGUAAAGCACAGAGGAAAUGGUGCUGGCUGCAUCCAUGACAUUGUUUUGUGAGCAUGGUGCUACCUGCCUGGCAAGCUGGCAGCUCCCAGAGCUGCAGCCUGAUCCCUGAGAAGACAUAAAUAGCAUCUUAAUAAUACAACUUUCCUUGAAGUUAGUUAAUUAAAUGGGUAUUUGCAGCUCUGUAUGGAGUUUUGUAAGGCUUUAUUGUGAUCUGUAAAUGUCUCAAGUGAAUUAUUAAUGCUGAAAGGCAAAGAUUUACACAGGGGAUGAAGGCUGUGGGAGAUGCUCAGAGUCUGGCUGGAAAUCUGCUCCAGUCAGCCCCUCCUGUUAGCUGCUCUGAGAGGAUGAGGAUGUGAAUGAGGAUUGAGUGAAGGGCCCUUGGGGCUGGCAGGGUGACCACUCUGCCCAGGAGGUGCUGCGUGUGCUCUGGGGAGUUUGUUGCUCUCUGAGGAAAACAAGAUCUCUCCUUCCUGCCCCCUCUGCAGCUCAAACCAUGCUCCCUCCCCAGUCUCUUGGUUAGUGUUUUUAACAGAAAUCAUUUCUCUAAGUCUGGCCCAUUCCAGUCAGGUUGGUCACUUGCCAUCCCGCUGUUUCCCAGCCUGAAGAGCAAUAGCAGUGAACCAAGCCCUGCAUUUAGUGAAACGCCUGAUCCCAAGGAUCAAGUGCAAUUUGUGUGCUCUCUGUGUUUACAUUUUAUCUCUAGAGCAAGUAUAUUACAGGUCUCUAGGCAGGGGGUUGAACCAGCUUGACUCUGGAUCUUCUCUCCCCUCCCUGUGCUCCUGCUGUCUGUUGGGAUGCAGGAGCCACGCUGGGAAGCUGCUGCUGGAGGAGCUGGCUCCAGGCUGCUUCACCUGCUCUCAGGAGGUCUGGAGACAUCGAGGGCUUGGUGAUGGGCUGGCAGCGUGCCUCAGUUUGGAGCAGGCAGCACCGUGUUCCCUCGAGUCCCCCAGAACAGACCCUGAAUGAGGGUUCUGAAUGAGGAACGUGAGAGGGGCCAGCUCUGGGUGCCACUGUGGCCACUGGAAUCUGCUUUUCUGUCCCUCUGGAUGCUGCCCAGCUGGAAAGGGAUACAGCUCAGCACAGUUAUCUGUGGCCAUGGCUGUUUCCCUGGGCUGCAGUGGCCAGGGCUGGGAGGGGUCCCACAGGAGCUGAGCUCUGGGGUGGGCUCUGACCCACAGGAACAGGAGUCACCAGCUUUCCUGGCCUCUCCUACAAGGAAGGAAAGGAAAGCCCCCCAUGGAAGCAGCCUUCUAGCCCAGCUUUUUGCAAGAAUAAACACUUUAAUUGAGCUCCUCACCAACACAAGAUAACAAAAUUCGUAGAUUAAGCUAUUAAAUUGUUGUUAUGAUAUUAAAAUUAACUUGCAUCCUCUCAGCUUCUCUCCUUGGGGAAGUAGUAUAAUUAAAUUAAUCAGCAAUGCUGCUUUGCAGCUGCAAGGGAAAUGCCUCAGAAUGACCCUGAUCUCUCCCAUCCAGCCCCUGGCAGGUCCUGAGGCUCUUGCCUUCUCCACGGGCUGGGAGAGCCCCAGCCCUGUUGGAGCAGCAUCUGCAACGCUCCCCUCCCCAGAAACCAAAUGGGAAUCAAGUUGGUUCAUCUCCAGAUGCUUUUAUAUUCAUUAGCCACAUCUUAAGUACUGUAAAUACACACUUGAGAAGUCAAUAUAUAUUUUUAUAAGCUUGAGACAAAUGUAAUAUAAUAUUAUAAGGGACUCUGUGUGCAUCUCAUGUUUGAACUAUAGUCAGACAUCUCCAGGGAAUCUCAGUUGGUUUAGAAUAUUUAUUAAUAAUGAUAAUAAUAAUAGUUAUUAUAAAUGUUAAUAAAAAUCUAUUGACAUUUUUUUAAAUUUUGUAUUUAUUGAACCAUGGUUGAAGCUGGCAAUAAAGAGAUAUCUAAAUACCUGAGUAAAA